AUGCGGCCCCCGGCGGCGCUGACCCCUCUGCUGGCCGCUGUGCUGAGCGCGCUCCUGCUGGGGCCUCGGGAUGGACGGGCCCGGCUGCAGAGCGGAUUUCUGGAUCGGGCUGCGGCGGCGGAUGGAGGAGAAGGCAGGCCCCGGCCCGGCCUGCGGGGAGCUGUACGCCUGGGUGGACGGCAGCCCGCGAGGUUCCGGAAAUGGUACGCGGACGAGCCGUCCUGUGGGAACGAGGUCUGCGUGGUCCUCUACCACCAGCCGUCGGCGCCCGCCGGCCCCGGGGGCCCCUACCUCUUCCAGUGGAAUGAUGACCGGUGCCACAUGAAGAACAAUUUCAUCUGCAAAUACUCAGAUGAGAGAACGACAGCUGCUUCGACGGGAUGGGGACCUGGGCGUAGGGGGGAGGGGCCCGAGCUAUUGACGCCGACCUUGCCAGGCCAGUCCCGGAGAGACGCCAACGAAACGCUGAAAGAGACCAAAGAGGCCGGUUUGAACAUCCUCUCCAUCCUCAUUCCCAGCAUCUCCCUGCUCCUCCUCCUGGCUGCCACCGCAGCCGUGGGCUGUGUUUGGAUCGGUGUGAAGAGGAGGCGAGAGGGGGCCGGCCCCAGGCCGAAGAAGCAGAGGGCCGGGGCUCCCCUCCCGGCCCCGAGCAGCCCCAACCUGGAGGUGUACAACGUCAUCCGGAAACAGGACGAAGCCGACCUGGCCGGGGCGCGCCCGGCCCCCAAGAACAUCUCGUUCCUCCCCCGCCCGGGCACCGGGCCCCGCCUCGGUCCUCCAGGGGCUGGCCACCCCGAGGCCCGGGGCCUGUCCGAAGCAGGGCUCGGGACGCCGGUGAGCGCGGAGAGUGGAUUCGUGACCAAUGACAUCUACGAGCUGUCCCACGACCAGCGGGGGAGGAGCAAGCAGUCCGCCUGGGUGGAAAAUGAUAUUUAUGGUUACGAGCCAGACUGGCAGAGUUCCAACAGGCCGCCGCCGAGUCGAAAGGAGAAGUGAGAGGGUUUUCUCCCCACGGGCUGCAGGUCUGGGCAUCUCUGGCUCCCAUUUCUCAAGGAAAAGGACCUGGAGAGCGACACUCCCCGGCCCCCCAUCCCCUCCCGAAUCCUACAGCAAGGGCCUGGAAAUCAGAAGGACCUGGGUUCUAAUCCCGGC